CAUAUAUGUUCAUGUCUAGAGGGAAACACCGCACCAUUUGAGUCAUCCAGGACCAGUGACCAGAGGCAGAGGGCUCAGCAAAGUGGGAGUGGGCCACCUUCCUGCCCACGGCAGGGCCAGGGCUCCAGGAUGACGGAGAAGUCAGAGGACCUAAAGAACUCCAUGCCCACAGAGAGGAAGCUCGUGUGGAGGACGGCCGAGGAGAGGCGGAUGUCAGACCUGACUCGAGUGUUGGAGUGGCUGGAACGGAGGCAGGGGAAGAAGAAGCAAGCUCUCCAGAAGAACAAACCCAAGGAGGUGAUAGGCUUGGCAGAACCUGCGAAGGAACAAAAGAAAACCAAAAGUGCCCUAAAACAUCAGGGAGCCCGCCGCAAGAGCCAAGGGAACCAACAGGUGGCGUUCUCUGAGCAGAUCUCCUCCCAGGCCUCAGGGCAAAACUCCUCCAGGGAGGACGAAACCUCUGCCCUGUACCGAAGGCUCUACAGAGUGGAAGCAAAGGGAAAACGCCUCAGCAGCCUGACCCCGAGCACCAACUCCAAGGACACACCCAGGAAAUCCGACUUAGACAUCAAAGAUGCGGUCGCUCAAGAGUCCACUCAGCGCCCAGUGCCAUACCGUCGACAAAGCGUCGUCGAACCCGUAUUACAGGACACUGCCUUUGCCCAGCGGAAGUCAACUGUCUUGAGAGAGUGGGGGAGCAGGAUGCCUGAUGCCUCUUAUGAGCGUAAGCUGAAAAGCCUCAUGGACAAGGGCACAGAGCCCAAGAUGGAGAUGAUGAAGAUGUUGAAGCCGGAAGAGGUGCUGAGCUGCCGAUACCUGAGGUUAUCCAAGAAUAACAUUCGAACCUUGCUCAAGCUGUGCAAGGAUGCGGGAAUGAACGUGGACAUCCACCCCCACAUGAUCGAAGGAGAGAUAGACGCUAAAAAGGUGUUCAACCAAAACAUCAGUGUAGCCCUCUAAAGAGCCCCUCUCCCUGGCAGACUCGAGCUCCCCCUGCUGUUGGGUCCUCAACCGCCAGAUGCCACCCUCUGGUACACCGCACCUGGCCCUUCAGACCUGGGGCACCCCCUUUAGACAGUAGCAAUUAGGAAACAAGGAUAGACUGCUUG